GAUCGAGGGUUAUCUCCUCUUAUCUUUUUAAUUCUGGGAUAACACUUGCCAAUGGGACAUCAUGUACGCUGUCAGCGUCGCGACCAACUGUACACGUUGUACCGGCGUUCGACUGUCAACAUGUACGCGACAGAUAACUGAUUCCCUGAUUGAUAGAGACCGGCUGGUGUCAAUCCGACCGCAACUCGACGACGAGCAGUCUGUCUGCGGAGCCGACCAAUCGCUACUCCUCCUUUCGCCUUUUCUCUCAUAGUGAUCGCAUAAAAGGAUACCGUGUCUCUCUGCUAUCGACCGGUGAGAAACGAAAACAGCGUUACGACGCUGAUUUUUCAUCCUGGAGAACGACGUAAGCAGAGAAGCUGGAGAAGCUAUAGCGAACAAAUUUGGGGAGGUUUGACAUUCUGACCUUGAAAAUCUUCAUUAAUGCCACUGUCGCGCGUGCCUUUUAUGCAGAUAAGUACGAGUAUCAAAUUGUCUCACUGUGACGUAUCAUCCUGUGAUCAGUUGGUGCAGUCUGAUGAUAUUUUCUAUACGAAAUGUGGACACGUGUUUCAUUUGCAUUGUUUAACGCCAUGGCUCGAAAGAUCAAAAAGCUGUCCACAAUGCAGAGAAAAAGUUACACAGAAUAAAAUACAUAGACUUUAUUUCACAUUCUCAAACAAUGAUCUAGUUGAAUCUCAAGGUUCAACAUUACAAGAAAAAGUAGACAGAUUAAAAUUUCAAAUUUUACUAAAAGAAAAGGACAUUCAAUAUCAUUCCUCAAAAAAUGUUACUUUAGAAAAACAAAAUGCUGGUUUGAAGCAAGAAGUUCGAAAAUUAGAGAGUGAAAUGAACAAAAAAAAUGCAGCAAUACAUGCUUUGAAGGAGCAAAUAAAUUAUUUCAAAGAACAAAGUUCUCACUGUGAUAAUUUAAAAAGAGAGAUUAAUCAAUUAAAGAAUAAGAUUGAAGAUCUUAGGCCAAUACAAGUGUUAUUACAUGCCCCUAUCAGUGAUGUUAGUAAAAUGGUUGGAAAAACCAAAGAUCCUCAAACGCUUACUAUGUAUAUUUCUAUUAUGAAAAAGGAAUUAAUUGAAAAAUUUAAUAAAUGUAAACAAUUACGCAUGAGUGUUAAGAAGCUCCAAGAAGAACUUUCUAAAGUUAAUACGAAAUCACCAUUAGAACAAUCAAAACGAAUGGAUUUAGAAGAAAAACUAGCAUUUUCAGAAAGUAAAAAUAUGGCAUUACAAAAAAGAGUUGAUGAAUUAGAGGAAAUACUUGGCAUUAAUGAAAAAAGUAGUAGUGAAUUAGAAGUUCAAACAGCAGAAGAUGAGGAUAACAUUUGUAAAGGUAUUCCAACUGAAAAAACAUCAAAAGUAUAUGAUCAAGAUACCUCAAGUAAAAAUUCUAUAUUGAAUUGUACAACUAAACAGAAAACUGAAAAGAUAUGCAAUAUUAAAGGUGUACAAGAGAAAAUACAGGAUUGUCAAAUAGAAAAUAAUACAAAUGGUUUAGAAAUAGAUUUAUUAAAUUGUAGCUCUUCCAAAAAUUCUCCAAUAGAAUGUAAAAGAUUAAAAUUGUUAGAUGACAUAAACACUUCACAUAGAACUGAUAACGAUAAAUCCUCAAACAGUUAUAUAUCAAAAAAAAGAAGGAAAAAUAAUACUAAAAGAAAAAUGUCUGAUAUUGAAAACAAGCAUGAUAAUCAUGUGAUUGAUCUAACUUAAAAAGUUCCUAUAAGUAUUAUAUAUUAUUUCUUUUAUAUAAAUCAUUAUUUAUAUUUUAGAAGUAUAUAUAGUAUUUUGUCAUUGUAAUUAUUGGAUUUUUGAGUUUUUAACAAAUAAAAUAUUCUACUUUCA